GCGAUACGUUGUCACUUAAGCCCUGACAUUAUCGAUAUGGAGUCACUAUUCUUCAAGAAAUUCACUCUGGGAAUUUCAAUAUAUUACGCAAUAUAUUCCGUGUCUGCAGUGCAGUCUAAUAAUCCUGGAAAUUCUCCAAAUAUUAUAGUCAUAAUAGCUGAUGACCUUGGAUGGAACGAUGUGAGUUUCCACGGAUCCAAUGAAAUUCCAACGCCAAAUAUUGAUUCUCUGGCUUACAACGGAUUGAUUUUGCGGAAUCAUUAUGUAUUGCCGACUUGCACACCUUCUAGGACUGCCUUUCUCACCGGACGUUAUCCAAUUAGAGAGGGUAUGCAAGGUUAUCCAUUACUGGCGGGUGAACCGCGAGGUAUACCUUUGACUACAAAACUACUUCCAGAACAUUUGAGGAACCUUGGGUAUUCAACACGACUCGUUGGCAAAUGGCAUGUUGGAUAUAGUAGUGAUGAGCUUACCCCGGCAAAACGGGGAUUCGAUACUUUUUUUGGAUACUAUAAUGGUUUUAUUGACUACUAUAGACAUAAUGCAACAACAAUUUUCGGUGUGACUGGAUAUGAUUUCCAUCGCGACAAUCCCAAGGAAUUGAAGCCAGAUUGGGCCAGGACAGGUGAAUAUGCCACGGAUAUUUUUACGGACGAAGCCGUCAAGAUAAUUGAAGAGCACGAUAUUCACCGGCCCUUGUACCUUCAGUUAUCUCAUCUUGCACCACAUUCUAGUGAUGUUGAGGAUCCGUCACUCGAAGUCAGAAAUUUCACGGCAUUAAAGCAAGCAUUUCAUUACAUCGAAAAUGUAAAACGUCUCACGUAUGCAGGUAUGGUAACUGCUGUGGACGAAUCUGUGGGUCGCGUGGUAGAAGCACUAAAUCGGAAAAACAUAUUAGCGAAUUCAAUAAUUAUUUUUCUGGCUGACAAUGGAGCUCCAACAUUUGGAGAGCAUGAGAAUUACGGAUCAAAUUAUCCUCUGCGGGGGAUUAAAUCCUCAUUUUAUGAAGGUGGAGUACAUGGAGCUGCAUGUGUCUACUCGUCGCUCAUAAAAAAUCCGGGAAGAAUUGUCGACGACCUUGUCCACAUGGCGGAUUGGCUACCAACGCUGUACGCUGCAGCUGGCGGUAAUGAUCAAGACCUUGGAGUCAUCGAUGGUGUCAAUCAGUGGCCGACAAUCGAACGAGGAGAACCUGGUAGCAGAAAAUCAUUACUGAUUAAUAUCGAUGAAAAGGUGGAUCGCGAAGCCGCCAUUAUCGGGCGAUACAAACUCCUGAAGAAAGGUGCGAUGCCACAUUAUGAUGGUUAUUAUGGUAACAACAUUGACGAUGAAGAUUCCUCAGCACCGGCAUACGACUUGAAUGCCAUUAUGUCAUCAUCAACUAGUCAAGCCAUUCUCGAGACAACAGGGGUCCUCGCGAAUUCCUCCAUUAUUCUAGAUCUUCGAGCACGAGGGAGAAUUAUCUGCGAGCCUUUCACUAAAUUCGCCAAUUGCUCUGAAACUUGCCUCUUCGAUCUGGAGAUCGAUCCUUGCGAGACAACUAAUAUCUCCAAUCGUUUUCCAGAUAUGGUGGAAAUGUUGGAGAAUUUUAUAGCUGGGUAUCGAAAUGUUUUGAUGAAUCAAACAAACGCCCCAGUCGAUCCAAAAUCAUAUCCCGAGUGUCACAAUGGCGUCUGGAUGCCUUGGCUUGACGCAGAAGAUGAUAUCAUGGGAAAACUGAGUAUUUAAAAGAGGAAUCAACAAAUAAUUCGGAAAUUUUCCACAUUUUAUAUAAGAGCGAAGAAUUUGGAGUUCAGAACUCUUGAUUACGCUGAACGCUUCGAAUUAGGCUAUGGGCUCUUACUUAAGGAUCCGGAAGAACGAAAUGGAAAAUUACCGAAGGAAGGCGAGAGUUGGUGAGAUGGUCCAUAUAAAUAUAUGAUAUGGAUAAAAUAUAAUGAUAUACCGAUAAAAAAAUUCAUUCAAAAUUAAAUUUUCCAAUGUGCAGAAUCAUUAUUUUAUUUUUGGUCACAAAAGUACACUUACCGAAUCAUUCAAAAUAAUGAAAUGAAAACGAGAGCUUAUUCUCAAAAGGGAAAGGUAAUACGGAAAAUAAUUAAUCGGAAGCAUAUUGCUAAUUUAUUAUUAAAGAUAACUAUAUGGUAUGCGAUAUGAGAGCAGUUCGCCACUUGUUUUAAUUUAGAAGUAUAAAGCCUAUAAACAACUCCUCACCGCCCCCACAAUUUUUUCAUCAAGUAGAAAUCGAAAUUACAGAUGUACUUCUGAAAAGCAAAAAAAAAAAACACUUUAUAGCAUUAUCCCAGAAACUUUUUAAAAGUAAAUAAAAAUAGAGAUAAAAAGUGAUAGGUACCAUUUUCAGAAGUAUUAUCAUCACUUUUCAAAAGUAAUCCAUUAUCAAAGUGUAAGUGGUAUCGAUAAAAAUUCUCAAACUGUCAACUUUCUCCUAAA